CUGUGAUACUGCAGGCCAUCCUGUGACAUUACACACACAGACAUGCAUGACAGUAUUCCAUGUAGCACCUGCUGCACAUAGCGGGAUGUGAGUGUAGUGAGGAUGUGUACAGAGAUCAGUAAAUAAGGGGAAAAACUGUCUUUGAAGACAAUUUCUAAAAUAAAGCAACAGCUGCCGCAGCUGCGGUGACGCGGUUACCCUGCGGCAGGGUGAACUGAGGGCAGUCGGCAGUGACGUUACAAGAUGGCGCCCCGCUAUGCGGAAUCAGAUGGAAUCUGGUGAUCGCUGCAUGUGUAAAGGUGACUGGGCAAGUCAUGGAGGGACACACGCCGGCACACCGUGACCAUGGCUGCCCGUCUGUCCCGGGGGGAGAGAGGGGUGAGAGCAACACGGAGCCAUUAGCGUCCAACACAGCUGGAGCCAACUCUAGCUGCCAGAUGAUGUUGCAGAGCACCAUGGAAAUAAGUCCAUAUGCCAAGCUACUUUUAGAUGCCAUGAAACAGUCUGGUUGCACAGUUUCCAAAGACAGACACUUUUCUUGUGAAGAUUGUGAUGGAUCAGUGAGUGGAGGAUUUGAUGCAGAUACAUGUGAAAUUGUAUUGUGUCAAAACAAUAUUCACAGUCAGUCGCAUAUGAACAGAGUGGUUACACAUGAGCUGAUUCAUGCUUUUGAUCACUGUCGUGCACAUGUUGAUUGGUUUACCAAUGUUCGUCACUUAGCCUGCUCUGAGAUCAGAGCUGCCAAUCUUAGUGGAGACUGCUCACUUAGUAAUGAAAUUAGUCGGUUUAACUUCGGCCUUAAACAGCAUCAUCAGGCAUGUGUGAGAGACCGAGCCCUUCGCUCUAUAUUGGCUGUAAGACAAAUCAGUCGGGAGAGAGCAGUACAAGCUGUGGAAGACGUUUUUGAUUCCUGUUUUAAUGAUCAUGAACCAUUUGGUCGAAUCCCUCACUGUAAAAUUGAUGUAGACAUGGCAUAUAGGGAUUUUAAAAACCGGGGACGAUAUGCCAAUGUUUGAAAAACAAAAUAUUGGUUAGCCUUCAUCCAGAUUUUUCUUUAUUUUUUUACACCUUUGUAAUUGUUAAUCAACUAUGCAUAUUUUAAAGAGAUAUUCUUGUUUGUUUGCAAUACAGCAAAGCCUCCAUAUUUAUUUUGGACUCUUAGGGCGGUAUCCUAUCAGGUGCGGUGAGUUACCGCACCGUAUUAAAGGGUUUUUUAAGCCGAUAACGCUAUUGGGCUAUCCAAUUACAGACCAUUUUUAAUAUGUGGUAACUCACCCGUUAUCAGCCGACAAGACAUGGGAUCCGUGAUAACAAUGUGGACCCGUGUGUUUGUGUCCGAUAUCUGGUCUCCUGGGGCUGUUUAAUAGUGUAUUCUGCUCCUAAGGCACGCAAAGCAGAAUCCCCGAUAAGUGCCGGUUUACGGGGCUAAUUGGAUAGCCCCAGGGGAAUUUUUUAGCUGCGGUAACUUAACGCAGCUAAUAGAAUGCGGCCCUUAAGCUUUGACUUAUAGACUAUUUCUAUGUUUAUGAAUUUAUUACCUGUGAUCUAAAUAUUUUUAUAUAUUUAAGUAAUAUUUUGAUCUGAAAACUUUAUUUUAUUUUUUAUGCUUCAAUAUAUUACAUAAAUAAUAUUUGAAAUAAACUUUUUUCCCACAUUUUUCUUCUCACAUUCUAGCAUUUUUACACGUCAAGAAAAAGGAAAGCAUGUAAAAUGUAUAUAAAAGUAAUACAAUAUAAUAGCAAAUAGAAAUCUUGAAUGCUUUGGAUGCCAUAAAGUUUUAUACAAAGUACUAGCUGUUCUACCCGUUCUUCGCAUGGGAGUUUCUGAUUUUCACGGUUGUAAAUAUAAAUAAAUGUGUUCAAAAUUUGGUAAAUCUA